AUGUGGCAGCUCAAGACAAAGGGGUCUUCAGAUGUAAAUAUUUUCCUAGCGCCACGCUCGAGGCGCUCCAUAUCCGCGUCUGUGGGUGAAGACGUGACUCUGAACUGCUCUGUAGAGUCUCACAUCACGCCUGAACACAUCGAAGAGGUUUCGUGGAAGAAAACAGGUGAAGAUGAAGAUAUUCUGGUUCUGCUCGUCCAAAGCAAUGAGACUUCACCAGAUUCAGCGCAUGAGCGAUACAGAGACAGAGCUGAGUUCUUCACUGCUGAAAUCUCCAAAGGAAACUUCUCUAUCAGACUGACGAGUGUCAGAACUGAGGAUAAAGGGGUUUAUAUGUGUCAGGUGUUCGCCGGAGGACUUUCAGCCAAUGUGACUGUUGUACUGGAGAUACUGGGUUUCUCUUGGCUACACUGGGUUUUGUUGAUUCUCUGCAUUAUUGCCUGUGGAUUUGCACUUCUUUUCUGCUUGAAUACUUACUCCAGACGUGAAAAUGACCAAAGGUCUCUUCAAGUUGGUCUUUUACUCUCCCCGUUUAUUACAAUGCUGUUGGCUUCAUUCAUCUGGCAAGUUAUUGAAGGUUCUUUGUAUGAGACCGUCUCUUGCUCUACGCUCUAUAUUCUGGGGCCUCUGAGGUUGUUUUGGGUUACACCAUUAGCCCCAGAUAAAAAGUUGCUGAGGUAUUUUAUGACAGCACAUGCUGAUCAUGCAGCAUUCAUGGCAGUGAUGCUUUCAGUACUUUUAGUUGAACAUUGGGAAAACAUCAGCAAAGUCCUCAUCGCAGGUGCCUUUGGUUUGCUUGUCCUGAUGUGCCUCCUCUUCAUUACACGUUUUUUAACAAAAUUGGCCAAAGAGGAGGUGCUGUCGUGCUCUGGAGGGCUGUGUGAUAGAUGCAGGAGGAUGUACGGCAAAGUUCAGCUGAUAGUGGCUACUUGUAGCUUUUCGUGGCUGGCUUCAUUACAGCUUGCCCUUCUGCUCUACAUUCAUUAUGCCUCAGACAAAGUGUUCAUCAUUACGGCUCUUCCGGUUCUUCAUUGGUUGGCUCAUCUCUAUUGUACUAAAAACAGCACACUUCAGUUCUGCCUUCUUUGUCUACACAAAGUAAUAUGGCUACUGAUGAUUGCGAUGAGCGUUGCAAUGUUGCGUUUUUACAUCAUGCUCUUGAGAAAUGAACACGAUGACGCCGGACUGGUGUGUGUGGCAGGAUUUGUUCAAGCCCUGUGGGUGCUCGCAUUUUCUGAAGUUCCAGUCCACUAUCAGAAGCUCCGAUUGAGGACAUUUAUCUUCCUGUAUGGAUCAGCUGGUCUGGUGUUGGUGAACUCGGCCGCGCUGAUGACGGAUCUGAUCACGAAAGCAGUCGGCGGCGUGCGUCUGGUGGGAGAUUUGAGAGUCAUCGCAUUUCCGUCCGAAUGGCUCUUCACCCUAGCACUGAUGAUUUCAGCCCUCGCUGCUCCCCGCAACAAUGAGUCCAUUAAUGCUUCUCCGUCAGCUGAUUUUAACGGGACUCCUGGUAAGCAGGCCCUAUCGAUAUGGACCGGACGAGUGAAAUGGAAAAUUUGGAAACGCGCCGAGAAGAGGAGAUCUGCUAAGAGCGAAGCGGUCGGCGCUUUCUGAAAGAUCUGACUGAACUUUUUUUAACUGGGCGGAGGUUUUCUGGUCUGAAACAUGUCUGGCACGAAUGAUGAACAAGGUAUUUUUUUGGUCUGGAUAAUUAUUAAGCAGAGACUGUUGCACCUUACCGUGGUAUCUGUAUCUAAAAAGACGGCACCUUAGAGAUUCUACUUCAGGUGACUCAAAAAGUAUGCGUUGCAUAUUUUUCCUAUGUAUUUAUAAAAAGCCUAUUUUGAUACUUAAAUGAACAAUUCGUUAAUGUACAUUUCAUGUCUUUUUCUCUAUUAUUGCUGACUUCUUUAUUUACUAAAGUAAUCAGCAUUCAUUUUUCUCUGUAGUACUGUAUUGCAACUUCCUUUCGAGGACUAUGUGUAUAUUCUUAAGUUAAGAUUGAAACUGAAUCCUAUAUAUUAUAAAUAUAUUUCUGUAUAUUUUUAUGUUUUAUGUUGUUUAUGGUUGUUUUAUUGUGGCCGUGCCAAUUACUGAGAAUGAAAUGCCAGAUGAACCACGUCAAGCAGAGUGCUUGUUAUUUCCAAAUAAUUCACUGGCAUUAUAAAUUGUGUAUAGAAAUGAAUGCACUCGUGUCAUGAUGGCAAUUUUAUUGUGAUCUGUACAUCUUUAUCUAUGGUUUAUCAUACCAAAACGUAUGUUUUGGAACAAAUAAAGCAGAUGGAGUACUGA